CCUAUUUCAUAAUUACAAACAAUGAACUCCAAGUUAAUUCUCGCUCUUGCUGCCAUGAUUGCACUCUCCAGUGUCAAUGCUCAAGUUCCCGCUCUUACUUCUCUCAGCAGCAAGAUUGAGUCCAUCACCUCUUCUGUCUCCCAACCUCUUAGAUCACCCAUGCACAGCUCUGCCUCUUCUGCUUACGACCGUAUUUCAUCCGAAGUUGCUGGUAGAGGUUCUUCCUCUGCGGCUGGUGGUGCUGCUGCCGCCACCACGACUAGCACCGUUGCUCCCUCCGGUGCAAGCUCUGCUGCUGCUUCGAGUGGUGCUGCCACUGAUAGCUCUGCUGCUGCUGGUGGUAGUACAGCCGCCUCUGGUACAGCCGCCUCUUCCACAGGUGGUAUUGUUAGUUCAUUGUUGUCUUCUGCCACUGCUGCUGGUGCUAGUGAAGCUGCCAGUGCUGGUAUGUCUGUUGUCAACAACAAUAAUAUGAUGAUCCAAGUGACUGCAUUAGCAGCUCUUUUUGUUGCUAGCUUCGUUGCCAUGCUUGCUUAA